AUGCGACCCUCAGCAAUGCAUUCCAAAAAACGCGACGAGCCGCUCCAACUGCCACCAGUCCCAUACGUUCUAAGCGAUAGUGGAGUAUUCGACGGCAACGACGGAAAAUGGUCAUCAUUCCUUCUCAAUAUUGGAGAUGAUGGCUCUGGAAGAGGCCAGAACUUCAGGGUUCUCAUUUCUACUUCAUCUCCAGUCGUCCUGGUUCCUGGACAAACUGAAUGGUGUGAUGACGAUGAGUGCGCUAAGAAGCGUGGACUUGAGCUUUACGACGGAAAGCAGCCUCUCGGACUACAAGACUCGGCGCAAUGGCAAGCCUCUGAGAUUUACAACGUACCUCAGCCGUAUUGGUGGAGUGAUUCCUACAGAAUUGAUCAGAGCGACUUGAAUGGCCUAUGGGGAGUCGAUAACGUGGCUUUGGGGGCAAGCUCGCCAAAAAGUUUCAUACUAGCCGAACAGUAUGUGGUCAGGACCUUGGUGAAGGAUUUCUUCAUGGGCUCUUUUGGACUCGCUGUGGGAGCUGUUGGUCCACCUGGUGGAGACAAACCAAAUUUCCUGGACAAUUUCGAAGCUGCGAAUAAGAUCGCAAGUCGUUCAUAUGGAUACACCGCUGGUGCAUACUAUCGAAACAACAACAACGGAGUCCCAGGAAGCCUGGUCUUAGGCGGGUACGACGAAUCACGAUUCAAACCGAAAGGUACAUCCAUACGCAUGCCGAAUGACAAGAACAACGCGCUUGUUGUUGGAGUACAGUCUAUUCUUUAUGCAAUGGAUCAAGACGUUGAGACAAAUACAGUGAGAUUGACACCAAGUGGAGGAUUCUCUGCUACGAUAGAUUCCACACUACCCUAUCUCAUCUUACCAGACGAAGUUUGCGACGAGUUUGUAUCCAAAUUUCGUCUGGAGUUCGAUGAAGAUAGUCAGUUGUUUCUUGUCAACUCUACUUCUCACCAAGCCAACCAGCGUGAGAAUGCUACCGUUUCCUUCAAAAUCGGGGCAAGCCCUUCCGACAGCGACAUCUUCACUUCGAUUGUCUUACCAUAUGUAGCGUUCGACCAACAGGCCAGCUUUCCUCUGCCCGUUCCUAAUGAAAGCAACCAGUACUUUCCGAUCAAGAGAUCCGAGAACGGUGUGUUUGUGCUGGGUCGCACAUUUUUACAAGAAGCAUACAUUAUCGUCGAUUACGAAAGGACCAAUUUUACAGUCGCGCCAGCAUUAUUUGCUGAUCCUAUGCCUACCCAGAGUCUUGUCACCAUAUUCAACGAGUCAUACACUAGACUACCUUCUGUCGCAAACGAUGAUUCCGAAGGGGGACUACCUACUGGUGCAAUUGCGAGAAUCGUUGUGGGAAUUGUUAUAGUUUUCGCUCUCGCUGCUAUUGGUGUCUUCAUUUGGUGGAAACGCCGUAAUCCAAAGAAAGAUGGGAUUGAAAGUGAAAGGCCCCUGGAGAUAGACACAACCCAUGCUGGCACGGAGGUCAAGUACCGACGCGUUUCAGAGCUUACCGGAUCUGAAGGUCCGCAAUCACCAAGAGGCUCGUCGCUGGGUUACUACGGUCCAGAUCACAAGUCGAUACCCCCAAUUUGCGAGAUGUCACCAGACAGUCCCCCCUCCGAGCUUUACAGUCCUCCACCUGAAGGCCAUGACGGUGUCGAUUAUUUUGCUUCUGCCGAGGCAAGACGGCAGGGGGCAAUGCGAGAUCGCCGCUCUCCAGGCAUGAGCACAACGCAAACGCCUACUAUUGCUGAACUCCCCGGAGAAGGCAUUACAUACGAGACUUCUGCGGAUGAAUCGAAGCCGACACAAAGACCUCGACAUAGCCGUAGCCCGAGUGACAGUUCACUUGGUACCAACAUUGAUGCAGUGUUAGCGAACGAGCGAAUGGCCCGUCCGAGGAAUGGAUCGGAUGUUAAUGACGCGGCGGUGGAGCCUUAUUCACCAAAUACUGUUGAGGAAGAAGCAGGUGUGAAAACAGUGGGACCAGACGAAGAUCAUGGCCCUGCUGAGCAGUCAGCUGUCGAACGGCGACCAUCGCAUUCGAGAGGGCUGAGUGACACUACAAUCCAAAGCGAAAGCACAGCAGUGUCGCAGCCCACACAAGAAGAGCUGGAUCGCUGGGCGAGGACCGGAGAGGUCGUACAGCGACCAAUGUCUCCGUAAUGUACAACCAUCUCAAGACCACUUCGGUGCACUCUUAGAAUAUUGCAAACAGCC